AUGGAAAUUUCGAAGUUAAAAAGUGAGUUGCGUUGUGACGAACCCAAACCGGUGAAGAGGCCCUUCGACGUGGCUUUCCUCAUGCUUCCCGACGAGAAACUCAAGCAGAAACAGAAAUCGGAAGUGUACGAUAACAGCUACAACAGCACCGAAGAGGACGAGGAAAUCGACAUCGUCGACUCCCCUCGUGAGUACAAGAAAUCGAAUCUAUUGAAACCCAAAAAUUUGGACGAUCUGCGCGCCAAAGGCGAGCAGAAGAGCGCCUUCACCAAAGUCAACAUGAAAGAAUCCAGGCUAUCUCCAACGUUAAGCACCAGCCCCGAUCUAAACUACCAAAGCUCGCUGAGUCCAUCGCCUCCAAUAAUCAACAAAAACUACCAAAACUUCCCCACAAUGGUGACCCCCAACCGACUGUUCAAAACCCAGCAACUAACAUAUCAAAACCAAAACCCAAACCAGUUCCUGCACGACACCGCGGCUUCGAACCUCGAAGCCCACUUCUUCAAAUCCCAGCCGGAGCUGAUCCAGCCGAAUUUCUCCAAGCUGCGGCCGAUCUACCGGCCCGACCUGGCCUUCGGCUACCAGCAGUCCACCAGCAAUCUACCGGCGAUCUACCAGCCGGAGCUGCGCGGCCCCGCCGCCGCCAUUCUCACCUCGCUGCUGCCGCCCAGCCUGGCCGCCCUCAGCCUGCCCGCCCAGAACAUCUGCGCCAAAUGCAACAUCUCCUUCAGGAUGACCUCGGAUUUGGUCUACCACAUGCGGUCGCAUCACAAGAACGACGCGCCCGAUGCUGGAAGGAAGAAGCGCGAGGAUAAGCUCAAGUGUCCCGUGUGCGCGGAAGAGCUGCAAGUAUGCUUAGGCCUGGCGGAUGAAAUUGGAAAUUACAAUGGGCAGCGCGCCGGCCCGAUUCGCGCCGCUUGA